UUAAGUACUAAAAAUUAAACGACACUUCUCCUCUAAAUCCCUUUUUUUUCUCUCUCUCUCUCUAAACUCUCAAUCACAUUAGAGAGAGAUACACACACAACUCUCUCUCUCUCUCUCUCUCUCUCUCUCUUUCUGUGUUCAUCCUUGAAUCGAUUCGAUUUGUGAAGUUCUGAUUGGAGAUUAAAGCAGAUCUGAACGGAGUAGAGUCAGAUCGGAACCGUCGGUAGGUAAUAUGGAGGAAGCUUUAGAAAUGGCGAGGGCCAAGGAUACGAAGGAGCGCAUGGCCGCUGUGGAGCGGCUGCAUCAACUUCUCGAAGCUUCUAGGAAGAGUUUGAGCCCUGCGGAAGUGACGUCACUUGUCGAUUGUUGUUUGGAUCUCCUCAAGGAUAGUAAUUUUAGAGUCUCUCAAGGUGCGCUUCAAGCGCUUGCUUCUGCCGCUGUGCUCGCUGGUGAGCAUUUGAAGCUUCAUUUGAAUGCGCUUGUUCCUGCUGUUGUCGAGCGCCUUGGUGAUAGUAAGCAACCCGUUAGGGAUGCUGCUAGGCGCUUGUUGACUACUCUUAUGGAGGUUUCGUCUCCGACGAUUAUAGUUGAAAGAGCGGGUUCGUAUGCUUGGAUGCAUAAGAGUUGGAGAGUUAGGGAAGAGUUUGCGCGUACUGUUACAUCAGCUAUUGGUCUUUUUGCAUCUACCGAACUUCCUCUUCAGCGUGUUAUUCUUGCUCCGAUACUUCAGAUGUUAAAUGACCCUAAUCAAGCUGUUAGGGAAGCUGCAAUUUUGUGCAUUGAGGAGAUGUACAUGCAGGGUGGGUCUCAAUUCCGAGAAGAGCUUCAGCGCCACCAUCUUCCAUCAUAUAUGGUGAAGGACAUUAACGCUAGACUAGAACGUAUUGAGCCACAACAGCGUUCGACAGAUGCCCGUAGUGGUCACCAUGUUGUUAAUGAGGUUAAGGCAUCAAGUGUCAAUCCCAAAAAGAGCAGUCCCAGGGCAAAAGCUCCCACGAGAGAGAACUCUUUAUUUGGGGGAGAUGCAGACAUCACUGAAAAACCCAUUGACCCCAUCAAAGUGUACUCAGAAAAGGAGUUGAUACGAGAAUUUGAGAAAGUUGCUGCAACACUCGUCCCAGAGAAAGACUGGUCAAUGCGUAUUUCAGCUAUGCGGAGGGUUGAAGGACUUGUUGCAGGAGGUGCGACUGAUUACUCUUGCUUUCGAGGUCUCCUGAAGCAACUUGUUGGUCCCUUAAGUACUCAAUUAGCUGACCGGAGAUCUACCAUUGUCAAGCAGGCCUGUCAUCUCUUGUGUCUCUUAUCAAAAGAGUUACUGGGAGAUUUUGAAGCAUGCGCUGAGAUGUUUAUUCCAGUGCUUUUCAAGCUGGUUGUGAUCACUGUACUUGUAAUUGCAGAAUCUGCUGAUAACUGCAUAAAAACGAUGCUGCGUAACUGCAAAGCUGCCCGUAUACUUCCUCGGAUAGCUGAAUCAGCGAAACAUGACCGUAAUGCAAUUCUGCGAGCAAGAUGUUGUGAAUAUGCAUUGUUAACACUCGAACAUUGGCCUGAUGCUCCAGAAAUUCAGCGAUCCGUUGAUCUAUAUGAAGAUCUGAUUAGAUGCUGUGUUGCAGAUGCUAUGAGUGAGGUACGAACAACUGCUAGAAUGUGCUACAGAAUGUUUGCAAAAACUUGGCCUGAUCGUUCUCGUCGUUUGUUUUCCUCCUUUGACCCUGUCAUACAAAGGGUAAUAAAUGAAGAAGAUGGUGGAAUUCAUAGGAGACACGCCUCACCAUCUGUCCGUGAGAGACAUUCCCAGCCUUCAUUUCCUCAGACGUCUGCUCCAUCUAAUCUACCUGGAUAUGGAACAUCAGCUAUAGUCGCUAUGGAUAGAAGCUCAAAUUUAUCAACUGGAGGAUCUCUUUCUUCUGGGUUACUCCUUUCGCAAUCAAAGGAUGUCAGUAAAGGUUCUGAACGUAGUCUGGAAAGUGUGUUACAAUCAAGCAAGCAGAAGGUCAGUGCCAUUGAAAGUAUGCUCCGAGGACUGCAUGUAUCUGAUAGACAAAAUCCUGCAGCCCUUCGUUCAAGUAGUUUGGAUCUAGGUAUUGAGUUUCUUUCCUUACGAGAUAAUCGCAAUGGUGGCCUUGGUUUGUCAGAUAUCAUCACCCAAAUUCAAGCUUCAAAGGACUCAGGAAGAUCAUCAUACCGUGGCAAUCUGUUGUCCGAGUCUCAUCCUACCUUUUCAUCCUUGACAGCGAAACGGGUCUCAGACAGAAAUGAGAGAAGUUCUUUUGAGGAAAACAACGAUGCCAGAGAGGCGAGGCGGUUUGUGGCAGGUCAUUUUGACCGACAGCAGAUGGAUACCGCAUAUAGAGAUUUGAAUUUCAGGGAAUCAAACGCUAGCCAUGUUCCCAAUUUCCAGAGGCCACUUUUGAGGAAGAAUGUUGGGGGAAGAAUGUCCGCUGGCAGGAGGAGGAGUUUUGAUGAUAGCCAAUUGCAAGUUGGCGAUAUGUCAAAUUAUGUUGAUGGUCCAGCUUCCCUGAACGAGGCCCUUAACGACGGACUGAACUCCAGUUCUGAUUGGUGUGCUAGAGUUGCAGCUUUUAAUUUUCUCCAAACUCUGCUGCAACAAGGCCCUAAAGGGGCUCAAGAAGUAAUUCAAAGUUUUGAGAAAGUAAUGAAACUAUUUCUCCGGCAUUUAGAUGAUCCUCACCACAAGGUCGCACAAGCAGCACUGUCGACACUUGCGGAUCUUAUACCAUCUUGCCGAAAGCCUUUUGAGAGCUACAUGGAAAGAGUCCUACCCCAUGUCUUCUCACGGCUAAUCGAUCCUAAAGAGGUAGUUAGACAACCCUGCUCCUCAACCUUGGAAAUUGUCAGCAAAACCUACAGUGUGGAUUCCCUUUUACCUGCAUUGCUUCGUUCACUGGAUGAGCAGAGAUCACCAAAGGCUAAAUUAGCUGUCAUUGAAUUUGCCAUCAACUCCUUCAACAGUUGA